CCAUCAGACUUAGGUCUUAUAAAAACUCUACUAUGUUGAUCCUUGCCCCGUUCAAAGCACGCCGUGUUUCACUCUCUCAUCCUUUCGCAUUCUCAAUACCCUUUUGAUUUGUGAAAGGAAAGCCACCAUGGUUGAUCAGGUCCAACACCCUUCAAUCAUGGACAAGGUUGCUGGUCAGCUCCAUCUCCGUUCUGGUUUUUCAUCUGGUAUUAAUAGUUACGAUGGAGCUUUCCGCCACCCUGCCAUGUACCAAAGACCCUCCUUUGGGAACUACUCAAAUGCUGCAUUGCAGUAUCCUGUGAUGCCCUCAUGCAAAACUACAAUGGAUUUGUCUGCUGCUGCAACAACAACAUCCCCUGUUUUUGCUGCAGCCCCAGCAGAGAAAGGCCAUUUUCUUAUUGACUUUCUCAUGGGAGGGGUUUCGGCAGCUGUCUCAAAAACUGCUGCUGCUCCCAUUGAACGUGUUAAGCUUUUGAUCCAGAACCAGGAUGAGAUGCUCAAAACUGGAAGGCUUUCUGAGCCCUACAAGGGUAUUGGUGAUUGUUUUAAAAGAACAAUAGCGGAUGAGGGUGGUGCUUCUCUAUGGAGAGGAAACACUGCAAAUGUCAUCCGUUAUUUCCCCACCCAGGCUUUGAACUUUGCAUUCAAGGACUAUUUCAAGAGGCUUUUCAAUUUCAAGAAGGACAGAGAUGGCUACUGGAAGUGGUUUGCUGGCAACUUGGCCUCUGGAGGUGCUGCUGGUGCAUCGUCGCUUUUAUUUGUUUACUCCCUUGACUAUGCCCGAACCCGUCUUGCCAAUGAUGCUAAGGCUGCAAAGAAGGGAGGAGAGAGACAGUUCAAGGGUCUUGUUGAUGUCUACAGGAAGACAUUGGCAUCUGAUGGUGUUGCUGGUCUCUACCGUGGAUUUAACCUCUCAUGUGUUGGAAUCAUUGUGUAUCGUGGUCUGUAUUUUGGAUUGUAUGAUUCCAUCAAGCCAGUUGUCCUCACUGGAUCAUUGCAGGAUAGCUUUUUCGCCAGCUUUGCCCUGGGAUGGCUCAUCACCAAUGGUGCAGGUCUUGCAUCAUACCCAAUUGACACUGUGAGAAGAAGAAUGAUGAUGACCUCUGGUGAAGCAGUGAAGUACAAGAAUUCCUUGGAUGCAUUCCAACAAAUCGUCAAGAAAGAGGGUACCAAGUCCUUGUUCAAGGGUGCUGGUGCCAACAUCCUCAGAGCUGUUGCAGGUGCUGGUGUGCUUGCCGGGUAUGACAAGUUGCAGGUUCUUGUGUUCGGCAAGAAGUAUGGUUCUGGUGGUGCCUAAGAGUUCCUUGGUGGUGCUCAAAGAGUCUUUUUUUGUUCUAGAUGGCGAUGAAAAAUCUUUCAGUUCUGAGAGUUUAGACUAAUUGCAGCCGCAAAUUUUGUUUAAUAAAUUUACUAGAUGAUGGGACAUUGUCCCAGAAACCCUUUUCAUAUUUCAUGGUGGAGAUUUUACAUCAGAAAAAAGUAUGAUUUAUUUGAGUGGCGGGGUAAGAGGCUGUCCCUUGGAAUUCCAUUUUCUUUAUAUGAUUUUAAAAUAUGUGAUACAUGUUCAAGGUUCUUUUUCAGAAUAAAGUGCAGAUGAAAUUUCUGCUUUAAUGAUUA